UGUGGUUAAAUCAGGGCUCUUAUUCUGGCAGGCGUAUCAGAUAUCAGAGAUUAAAAUAAACUCUGAGUUUCAGACCGACAGACGAAGGGUUCGUGGUUCAGAGACAUGAUUCUGUUUACUUCCUGUGUGCUUUUAUUGUGUCUCUUCAAAAUCGUCAUGUCGGGAAACAAACUGACUUCAGUCGAUUUCGAGAUCUUUGGGAACGUGCAGGGGGUCUGCUUUAGAAUGUACACAGAGGAUCAGGGUCGUUCUCUGGGUCUGAGCGGUUGGGUGAAAAACACCAAGAAAGGAACCGUGAUUGGGCAAAUCCAGGGACCCCCAGACCGGGUCCACGACAUGAAACUCUGGCUGCAGACUGUCGGCAGUCCGAGCUCUCGGAUCGACAGGGCCGUCUUCUCAAACCAAAGAGACGUCACCGACCUUGAGAUCCACGGAUUCUCAACCCGCUACUGAGCAUGCUCAGUGAUCUCCCCGUUCUCUGAGCGGUCACAGCAGCAGAAUAAAUCCCUUCGGUCCUCUGAGGACAAUAAAUUCACAUACCGGUCCACAGAGACCCCUUCACAGUCCUCUGAAGACAAUAAAUCCACAAACUGGUCCACAGAGACCCCUUCACAGUCCUCUGAAGACAAUAAAUCCACAAACUGGUCCACAGAGACCCCUUCACAGUCCUCUGAAGACAAUAAAUCCACAAACUGGUCCACAGAGACCCCUUCACAGUCCACUGAAGACAAUAAAUCCAAAAACUGGUCCACAGAGACCCCUUCACAGUCCUCUGAAGACAAUAAAUCCAAAAACUGGUCCACAGAGACCCCUUCACAGUCCACUGAAGACAAUAAAUCCAAAAACUGGUCCACAGAGA